AUGAGAAGAUGUGGCCCAAUACCAGCUUUGACUAUCUUCGUCGUUUACGCUCUAACAUCAAGCUACGAAGAAGAAGAAGUCGAAGCUUUCUAUAUGGACCUGGAGAAGUUCUACCAAGAAGAUCAUGCCUUCUACAAGGUCAUAGUUGGCGAUUUCAACGCUAAGAAGUCCUCUUCUUUACGCUGGACGUGGGAGUCACCCGGUGGAGGGUACCGUAAUGAAAUAGACCACAUCAUCGUCAAUAAAAGGUUCUGCCUGACGGACGUCGGUGUUGUACCAAAGUUCUAUACGGGAUCGGACCAUCGCCUCCUCCGAGGAAGAUUUUCCUUCACAAGGAGAGCAGAGAAAGCCGCCAAGUUCAGAGAGAGAAAUCCCAGGACUACCAUCAACUGGGAUCUCUUCGCUACGCUGGCCGGCUUUUGGGAAGAUUCUGCAAUGGACAACAUCGACGAGGAAUAUGACCGGCUUGUCGAACACCUUCACGACUGCGCGAAGAAGGCUGAGAGUUUUAAAACCACCAGGAGGCGCCUGUCUCUUGAAACUCUUGAGCUGAUACGCCAGCGUGGAGCAGCACGAGCCGCAGGGAACCAAGAACUCACGUCCGAGCUCGCAAGGCUUUGCCGAGAGGCGAUAAAGGAAGGCCUUAAAGAGAGAAGAGCAGAAGUGCUGGCUGAAGCCGCAGAGGCGGGGAAAAGCAUCCGCUAUGCCCGUCGAGACUUCGCCAGUCGCAAGACGAGGAUGACUGCUCUCCGGAACCCAAACGGAACAGCCAUUGCAUCGAGAAGGGGGAUGGAGAAAAUCACCUACGACUUCUACUCUGAUCUCUUCGACAGCCAUGUCCACUUGCCUCCUCACCAUCUGAGGGAAGAUGGACAAGUCAUUCCAGAGGUUCUCCCGUCCGAAAUACGACAUGCUAUCAUGUCGGUAAGAAAUCGUACGGCACCCGGUCCCGACAGAAUAAGACCAGAACACCUAAAGAGCCUUCCGCCAGUACUCACCAACACCCUGGCGAGGCUCUUUACACGUUAUCUGUCGGAAUGCAAGGUUCCUAAACAGUGGAAGACCAGCAAGACCGUGUUGUUGUAUAAAAAGGGAGAUCCACAUGACAUCGGCAACUAUCGCCCAAUCUGCCUACUGUCCGUCAUCUACAAGCUCUUUACAAGAGUAAUCCUUAAUAGGAUUGAAAAAGUCUUGGAUGAAGGACAGCCAUGCGAGCAAGCAGGGUAUCACGAGUACAAGAUGCCGCUCUGUCUCGCCUUCAUCGACUUGAAGAAGGCCUUCGACUCAGUUGAGACGGAAGCGGUCAUGGAAGCCUUGGACAACCAAGGCGUCCCUACUCAGUACAUAAAGGGUGAUACAAUUUCACCCAAAAUAUUCACAGCCACCCUCGAGAACGCAAUGCGAAAGUUGGAAUGGGACGACAUGGGAGUGAAGGUUGAUGGUCGGCAGCUACACCAUUUGCGCUUUGCUGAUGACAUCGUACUGGUAACACCUAGCAUCAGCCAAGCAGAACGAAUGCUGACCGAAUUCGACGAAACAUGUGGAUGCAUCGGUCUUCAGCUGAAUCUACAAAAGACGAUGUUCAUGCGGAACGGAUGGGUCUCGGAUGCCCCAUUCACGCUCAACGGAACGAACAUAUCCGAAUGCACCAGCUACGUUUAUCUGGGUCGGGAACUGAACAUGAUGAACGACCUGACCCCCGAGCUGGGCAGGAGGAGACGAGCGGCUUGGGGAGCGUACAAGAGCAUCGAGGAUGUAGUGAAGAAGACCAGGAACACCCGGCUCCGUGCUCACCUCUUCAACACCACCGUACUUCCUGCUUUGACCUAUGCUUCGGAAACCUGGGCAUUUCGCAAGCAGGAAGAAAACGCGGAGUAUCCCGUAUCCCGCAAGUGA